AUGGCGAACGCUAUCGAGACAGUACAGCCCAUUCCAGUCGUUGGGCACAUCGAGAAGAAGGCUCUGUCGUGGAGCAAUAUUGCUCUGGGUGCUGCCAUCCAGACCUUUGAGGUGUCGACCCUGGGCCAGCCGUUUGAGGUCGUCAAGACACACAUGGCAGCUAACCGCGGCGACAGCAUUGCCACUGCGUUGAAAAGGACCUACGCCCGCGGCGGCAUUUCCGGCUUCUACCAGGGCCUGAUUCCGUGGGCGUGGAUCGAAGCUUCCACCAAGGGCGGCGUCCUGCUCUUCACGUCGUCGGAGGUUGACUACCGCGCGCGCGUCGCCGGCUUCUCGUCGAGCUGGGCUGGACUCUUUGGCGGUGUCGCCGGGGGUGUCGCCCAGGCAUACACCACCAUGGGCUUCUGCACCUUCAUGAAGACUGUCGAGGUCACCCGCCACAAGUCGCCUGACGCCAGUGCGUCCACCUGGCGCAUCGCAUACGACGUGUUCCAGCGCGAGGGCAUCCGCGGGCUCAACCGCGGAGUGUCGGCCGUGGCCUUGCGCCAGAUGACAAAUUGGGGCUCGCGCUUUGGUAUUUCGCGUGUCACCGAGUCCAUCUUCCGCGGCAAGGACAAGACUCGCAAGCUGUCGACCAGCGAGCGCCUGGCGUCGUCGGCCAUCGGUGGUGCCCUGGCGUGCUGGAACCAGCCGAUCGAAGUCAUUCGCGUUGAGAUGCAGUCGCAGACAAAGGCCGCCGACCGCCCCGAGAAGCUGAACCUGGUGUCGACUGCCCGCUACAUCUACCAGAAGAACGGCUUCCUCGGAUUCUACCGCGGCGUUACCCCGAGAAUUGGCCUGAGCGUCUACCUCACCGUGUGCAUGGUGUUCGGUGGUGACAGCGUCAAGGAGUACUUUAACAAAAGCAAGAAGUCCGCUCAGAACGCCAACGCCUAAGACACAACUCUCAGUAAAUUCAUCAAUAGUCCAGCAUAGCUCUUCGCCUCCAAAAAUAUUUCAUCCUUGCAGCGAACUGGCUUCAGCUCAUCCUAGCAACCUAGAACAGAUCAGGAACUCGGGACAGUGACUCGUGGCUCGGCCAGAGUCGUAGCUCAAAGACUGCUACCUGUGAUUGGUCCGUGAAAAUUUUUCUCAUCUUCUCAGCGCG